ACGGAAAACAACGUGCCCGUUGACAGUUCGUUUGAAGACACCGGCUUUGCUGCUUGCUUUCGUAUUACUACUACAUCGCACCGCAAACAACGUUUACCUUUCUAGCUGUGAAAAUUAACUCACCCGAAAGCGAGCUAAACGCCGCACAUAGAUUGCACCAAGAUGCAGUCACACCACGGCCCGUACCAUGAUGCUGACCGCGGUAGCAAAAUGCGAUUGCCGUUAGAGCUGAACCCACUCAAAUUUGCCGAAAGCCGCAAGGAGGAGGUGUGCCAGAUGCUACGCAACAUGAGCAGCACAAUGCACCAGCGCAAGCUGAUGCACCAAUCGCUGCCGAACCACAUGCGGCGCCGUGCCAUGUCGUACGAUGCGCGCCGGCUGCCCCGGAAGUUCCGCCACGUGCACAAGGCUCAGUUCAGCAAGAGCGGCGUGUCGGAAAAGAAGAAGCGACCGUCGCGAAAGUUUCGCCGCAAGCCGAAAAACCUACUGAAGGAGUACGAACGGCGCAAGCGAACGUUCGUGUGGAUGGAAACGCACGUGUGGCAUGCCAAACGGUUUCACAUGACGUCCCGCUGGGGGUACAAGAUUCCGCUGACGCCGUGCAACAAGAGCUACCGGUCCAGCUAUAAGGCCACCACGAAACACUGUCUGCUGUACGAUAUGUCGUACGAGGGUUGUGUUGAGGUGAGCGGAGAGGAGCCCGUGCUGAGGGAAGGAUUCCGGCGGUUGUGUAGCGACCGGGUGGGACUCACCGUAACCGCGAAAGCCUACAUGGCCGGGCAACGGGCGGGAUACGUUUGGUUGUACGAGGACGGUGCCUAUCCGUACAACUGUCUUGGCCGGGUACGGAUCGUAUGGCGCUCGAGUCGAAGCACCGACGAUGAGGACGACGCACAACGGCGCACGGUGUGGAUGUUUGCUCAUCCAUCGUUUUACCGUCAGCUGGUCGAACAGUUGGUAAAAGUGUUUAAGCUGAAAAAUGCGCUCCGCAAGACAAACGACACGCUGGAAGACAUUACGCGCAAUCCAGCGGACAUUCGGUGCCCACGGUACAGAUCAAAAUCGUCCGGUGUGGAGGUGGUGGAGCUAAAGGACACCCUCAAUCGGUUCCAUCUUACGGGACCCCUGUCGCACGCCACCAUCGUUAAAACGUUCCGUCUGUUCGAUCCGCCAGAGCAAACGAGCCCAACCGAUCGGACGUGGUUUAACGAUUUCAUCGAAAGCACCCCGAAGGGCAAGAAAAUUCUCACCCAUCAAGCGAACUAUUGGGCGGACAUUAAGGAUCUAACGUCGCCGGGCGAAAUUAGCCCAGGUGAAGUGAUUGCUCUGAUCGUGCAGGAUCCACGCUUGAAUCGUCCGAACUAUCGCACCAAAGCACUGCCCGGCGUUCCCGCCCGUUACGACUUCACCGAGGGCGUUCCUGCGGAAACGGUUAAACCCCGUGCCAUCCGCAGCUAUUCACCCCUGUGGGACGGACCGACCCGGAAGCGCAUUACCGAGGAGAUGAAAACGACCCACGAACUAAACCGGUUUCGUAAGGUCGAAACGCUCGUCCCAGGUGAGCUGUGCGUGUCGGACACGCGCCUACAACCACUGCCGAUCCUUUUGCUCCAAACACCCGGCUCACAGGAUGCCGGCUACAAGCGGCUCGGGUACGGUGCGGGCUGGGAUGUAAUCGUGCCCGGCGGAUACGGGCUAGCCGUAUGGCAUUCGCUUGUAAUAUGGGGCGCCAAAGCGGUCGGCCAGCAGGAGCUAAACAUGAUCGCGCUCGAGUCCGGGCACGAUCGGUCCGGUGUGCCGGACACCCUGCUCGGCAGGGAUGAAGCGACCCACAAACACCAGCAGUCAUUGGACCGAUACUUUAAACGCCCCAAUAACAAGCGCGUUAACUACACCAAGCUCGCCAUCGCGUCACCGUUUCGGUGCCCCUGGUCACAGCUGGUCCGCGAGUGGAACGGCGGCUCAAAGGAUGACGGCCCCGAGCAGCGACCAUACUUUGUGGUGCGCGAUCUAGAAACGUUAGUCCAGCUAAGGCUCGCCCUGGAUCGUAAAUUUAACAUCCAGUCCAUUGAUCUUUCGCCGGACGCGCUCAUUCCGGUACUGCUGACGCUGAAAACGCGUGGCAAUCCAGGUGAUAAUGCGAUCAUCUGUCUACCGAACCGUAGCGACUUCCGGUCAAACAAACAGAACCGCCUUUCCUCCAUGCACGGUCCAGUGUACGUGGAACCGGUCCGUAAGGAUCCGCACGGCACGGAACGACUCGCGCUACGUGCCCAACAUCUCCGCACACUGAAACGUUUGCGGAACCGCCGUAUACGGGAAAAGAAACGGCUGCAGCGGGCCAAACCGGGCGUGUUGGUACGCAUCCCGAAGGCAAACAAUCGAGCGCUGGUCGAGGAGCAGCUGAAGCGAAUGGCGGACCUGUGGCUACCGGCAACACCGGCCACCGUGCGCAACCAGUGCACCCGGGAAUGCUUCGGAUACAUGACGCAGGGCGGAUUUAGUCUGUCGGAGGGAACUGUCAACGGGAUCGGAUAUGUGACGGCGAAGGGAUUGGUGAAGUUGUUCAAAAUCUGCACCAAGGGUAAGCUGAAGCUGUUGGUAAGGGGAACGCGUACGCGAGGCUACCGGUUUGCCACGAUGCGAAUAGCAUGUUAAAGUGUUAGCACGAUCAUUAGAAUUACACGAACUGCCUAUAUGUUGAUGAGCAAGAAUAUCUCCAGAAUAAAAAAAACGCUUUAAGAUGCAUAAAAGCGGUCUGUAUGGGUGUGUUUUUGUUUUUUAACCUAAAAUAUAUUAUUAAAUCUCUUGCGAUGCACACACACAGACACCGGAAUUCAGAUUACAUUAUAAGUAGCAGAUGAUUAGUAGUUGUUCGUCUUCUAUACGGAUUGCCGCCCUGUUGUAGAAGCCUCUUCCUCAUAGCAUGUGUGUUACGGUCCUGCCCUCGAAUGGUGUUGUUGUCUGUUGUGAAGUCGCAAACCCCAAAACCUGGUUUGUUCGUGAGUCUUUGAAGAAGCAUUAUACUUUUAUUUUCCUCUUUAAGGAUUGCCGGAAGUUAGUCAAUUGAAGAAAGGAAAAUAUAGCCCUACGGAGAAGUAUUUGUUUGUCAACAAAUGGAUAACCGCUCAGCUAGUGAUGGGCAAACUGAGUCCGAUUGGGUGAAUCAGUUAAAUCUUAACAAUGACUGAGAUGAUUUCAAUCAUCACUAAGAGUAAUUUCAACUCUCUUAUGAUUUGACUCUCCCUGCCGACUAACCACUCUCACUAAGCACGGUUUAACUCACUCACUCUGAUGCAAUUCACUUUACUGAGUGGUCAUUCCCAUCGCUACGCUCAGCUUCUUUCCUGGCAUCCUGGACAUAGGUUACUAUGUUACAUUACUGUGAGUCGUCAAAUCGAAAUCAAGCGGCCUUCCACCAUCAAGCGAUUGGCUGGUUGUAGCUAAGGAAACGUAGCUAAAACGUAAGAUUGAAGUUUAUUCACAUGUGUUAUUUAAAUUGUCCUCAUGCUGAUUGACAUUACGGGGUUAGAAUUCUACCAUUCUCCUUAGUCUCUUUAUGGGGCCACAGUACCUAGAAAGACUUCAGACGGAGGUCUAUCUUAUGUGUUCUGGUCAGUAAAACACUCGCUCUAGAUGGUAAAAUUAGAAAGGAAAAAUUCGAUUGAACUAAAGGAAAACCUCGCAUUGGACGAAAUCUAGUUGCAGCAAGAGCAUAUUCCCUAGAGCAAGGAGAAAUGUCUCAUUAAUACUAUAGACUACAACUCCUAUUCUCGAUUUUGGGACUGUUGCGUGUUGUGUGUAUGACUAAAGAGAAAUCAAAAGUUUCACUUUUCCCUACGUACCCUUUUCCCGCCCUAGUUUUAUCGGCUUAGAUUGCGUUCAAUUGCCAGCUCGUGUGUUUCAAUACUUGUAUGUGUGUGUGUGUUGUUUCCCUUUUUUUUAAUCUUCCCUUUCCUAGCUUUUUCCUAGCAUUACUACACCCCUCCCCAGCCCUGUUUCUUGUAUACCUUUUUUUUCGAUCUCGUUUGCUUGAGCCCUUUCUCCGUAUGUAUAUAUAGGCGUUUAGGUCACAUAUUAUCACGCACGCAAGUUUUUUAUCUAAUAUAACGUAGUGUGGCAACGUGUCUCUACAACACAAAAUGCACAGUAAUCGUAAGUAGUUUUAUCUUGCCACCGGUCUACAAGCGAUAAGAACCCUCGGUCCCGCCUGAAACUUCUAUUUGCCCAUCACUACGCUGCUAAAGGGCCCAGAUAAAGGGGGUUGGCCUUGGGAAGGAUGUUGCAAUCUGAUUCUUCUCUUCCUUUAUCGCCACAUGAGCUACGAAAAAUAGUGCAUGAAAAUAGUGUGUGUGUAUUUGUGUGUUUUUAAAACAUUGACUCAGUUUCUGUAUUGUUUUGCAGUCCUCAUGUUUUAGUAUUUUUUUGCAACUUUCAUUUGGCCGUUUUAUCCAUUUCCUUUCCUUCUUCUACUUCUUCUCAUGAUUGCUUUCAACAAACGUCUCGCGUACUACUUUUAAAUCGCGCUAGGGUUAGUCAUAUUUACGUCGCGUUCUCGAGUUUUACAUAAGUUGUUGUUGCAUGCUCUAUUGCAUUAACAGAACAUUGUGUGAAAUAUUUUUUUUUUUUUGUUUUGCGAACCGAUACACUACAUUUGGAUGCUAAUAUUAAUGCUUUUAUGUCGCAAAC